CCCUGUUUUCAACUUGCUCAGGACUUAAUCCGACUUCUUGCGACAGAUACAAGUAAAUACUAUACCAGCUCGUCUUACAACCAGAGCUAAUAGACAGACGUUAGCCAAAUGUAGGGAAGCUUCGGCAUAACCAAUCGCCAAACAUGAACUACGAACUGUCGUCAUCUCAUCCCUCGAAAUGCUUAGCCUGAUUCAUGGUCCUGGCGGAAGACCACCAUCCACCACGAUCUUAAGCUCCGUGCGACUCGCAAGACAACACCGGGUCGCCCGGCACUCGUUGCGACCAUGGUUGGCGCCUGUUCGUGUCAGAUGGCAGUCUACAGUCGCCGGCCAACCAGCCGCCUCCUCCGAGCAUGAUCGCACCACCGGCCUUGGGGUCCCCUCAGAAGCACGGUAUAACGAGAUUGGUGUCCAGCAGCUCAGCUCACACCUGUAUUCCCAGCUCUUCCCUCGCGGCAAUAACUCCCCACCAGCACCGGAACUCGUCGAGCUGGCCCGCGAUCACCUGCGACGCCAUGAUCUGCUUGGGAAGACCGACGACACCUCUGCACCUGUCGCAUUCGAUCUGCCUCCCCUCGUCGGCGAGACCUUGGACGAGCACUUCUACAAACUAGGCGUCGAUUCCUCGGAGCCAGUCCUGACGUACGCAAAACAGUUUGCGCGUGCAAACGCGCCGCCGAAGCCGCGGAAAUGGGUGCGCCGGAGCGGUUGGACCAAAUACUACCCGGAUGGGAGAACAGAGGCUCUUGAGGCACCAGACACCAACAUGCUCACCUUCGACACCGAGGUUAUGUGGAAGGAGCAUCCAUUUGCGGUCAUGGCAUGCGCCGCCGGCCCCGAUGCCUGGUAUGCCUGGCUCUCGCCGUGGCUGUUGGGGGAGACGGAAAACGAGCGGCAGCUGAUCCCCCUCGGGGAUCCCACACAAGACAGGGUAAUUGUCGGACAUAAUGUCGGCUACGAUCGUGCUAGGAUCCUGGAGGAGUAUGACGUCAAACAGACGAGGAAUUCCUUCCUGGACACCAUGUCCCUCCACGUUGCGGUGAAUGGAAUGUGCUCCCAACAGCGGCCGACGUGGAUGAAGCACAAGAAGAACCGAGAGCUGCGGGACAAGAUCGCCAAGGAGACGACCAGCGUCGAGUUGACCGAGCUCCUCAACAACAGCCCUCUCAGUCAUGAAGAAGAGGAGCUGUGGGUGGAGAGGAGCUCAAUCAACUCGUUGAGGGAUGUCGCAAAAUUCCACCUCAACGUCACAAUUGACAAGGAAAUUCGGAAUGCAUUUGGCGACCUGGACAGGGAGGGCGUGCUCGGGAAACUGGACGAGCUCCUGGACUACUGCGCCGCCGACGUGGCCAUCACCCAUCGGAUAUACCAGAUUAUCUUCCCAAAUUUCCUCGAGGUCUGCCCUCAUCCCGUCAGCUUUGCCGCCCUUCGGCACCUCUCGUCCGUGAUCUUGCCGGUCGACAGGUCUUGGGACUCGUAUAUUGCCAACGCCGAGGCGACCUAUCACAGACUCUCUGACGGGGUGCAGAGCCGGUUGGUGUCGUUGACGGAGAAGGCCUUGGAAAUCAAGGCCGAUCAGGACAAGUGGAGUAAUGACCCCUGGAUGAUGCAGCUAGACUGGAGCGGCCAAGAGAUCAAGAUGGUGAAAGGCAAGAAGAAAGGGGACCCGCCACGGCCUGCGGCGAGGCAGAAGAAACCAGGCAUGCCGCAAUGGUACAGAGACCUGUUCCCAAAGAACGAUGCGCCAAUCAACGUUUCAGUCCGAACGAGAAUAGCACCUCUGCUACUCAGGUUGUCCUGGGAUGGCCAUCCGCUCUUCUGGUCGGACAAAUAUGGCUGGACAUUCCGUGUUCCCCUGGCCCAGGCCUCAAAGUACACAGAGCGGCAGAUGGUCAAGUGCGACUUCAACGAAGAGACUGUCGUAGCUCUCAAGGAAGAUCGAGCCCAUGCCUACUACAAGCUCCCACACAAGGACGGCCCGACUGCUCGUUGCGCUAAUCCGAUGGCUAAGGGCUACCUCGCCUACUUCGAGAGCGGGGUUCUUUCCUCAGAGUACCCGUACGCGAAGGAGGCUCUCGAAAUGAAUGCCUCGUGCUCUUACUGGAUCAGUGCCCGGCACAGAAUCACGUCGCAGCUCGUCGUCUACGAGGAUGACCUCAAUCGCGGCACAGCGGCGCCGGAAACCAAGCAGCCGGGUGACGGCGACUCGCCAACCAAAGGCUUCAUCCUCCCGCAAGUCAUCCCGAUGGGCACAAUCACGCGUCGUGCCGUCGAAAACACGUGGCUCACGGCAUCCAAUGCCAAAAAGAACCGCGUUGGCUCGGAGCUUAAGGCCAUGGUGAAAGCACCUCCGGGAUACGUCUUCGUCGGGGCCGACGUCGACUCCGAGGAGCUCUGGAUUGCCUCCGUCGUCGGGGAUUCCACGUUCAAGAUGCAUGGCGGCAACGCCAUCGGCUUCAUGACCCUUGAGGGCACGAAGGCGGCCGGAACGGACCUGCACAGCCGGACGGCGUCGAUCCUGGGCAUCACGCGAAACGACGCCAAGGUGUUCAACUACGGGAGGAUCUACGGCGCCGGGCUGAGGUUUGCCGCGCAGCUUCUGAGGCAGUUCAACCCCAGCUUGAGCGAGCGGCAGACGCUCGAAAUCGCGUCGAAGCUCUACUCCACUACCAAGGGGACGAAGACGAACAGGAGGGCGCUCCACAAGCGGCCGUUCUGGCGCGGAGGCACCGAGAGCUUCGUCUUCAACAAGCUCGAAAUGUUCGCCGAGCAGGAGCGGCCGCGCACCCCCGUCCUCGGCGCGGGCAUCACCGAGGCGCUGAUGGGCCGCUUCAUCAGCAAGGGCGGCUACCUCACGUCGCGCAUCAACUGGGCGAUCCAGUCCAGCGGCGUCGACUACCUGCACCUGCUCAUCGUCAGCAUGGACUACCUGACGCGGCGCUUCAACAUCACAGCCAGGCUGGCCAUCACGGUGCACGACGAGAUCCGCUACCUCGUCCGGGAGGAGGACAAGUACCGCGCCGCCAUGGCCCUGCAGGUGGCCAACGUCUGGACGCGCGCCAUGUUCGCCCAGCAGGUCGGCAUCGACGACCUCCCCCAGAGCUGCGCCUUCUUCUCGGCCGUCGACAUCGACCCGGUCCUGCGCAAGGAGGUCGACAUGGACUGCGUCACGCCCAGCAACCCUGUCCCGAUCCCGCCGGGCGAGAGCCUCGACAUCACCGCCCUGCUGGCCAUGGGCGCCGCCCAGGCGGGUCUCGACCCGGCCAUCGUCCCUGACCCGGCGGCCCGCGCGCCCCGCCCCGAGGACGUCGACGGCUCCCUCGAGGCUGUGAUGUUGGGUCCUCGACCUUGUGAUUUGGGGCGGGGUUUGCAUCACUCCCAUCUUGAGGACUGUAUUGUACGACUGAUCGUCUUUCUCCUUUGUAUACCUUGACGGGGGGGUGUGGGUCGGUGAAUGUGCAAAAAAAAAAAAUGACACUCCGUCCAUUCAGGGGCGAGGAGAUGUUGAAUUAAUUACCUGUACAUAUCUGCUCUUCUUCUGUAACAACAUAUGGGGGUAUGAUAUGGGAGGCGGACUCUGGCUGGCUGGUGUUCUUUUAAGGCUAUAUGUCGGGUCGGAUAUUCUGAGUGUUCAUAUCGUGUACAUCACCCAGGAGCCUGUAGAGGUCGGGUGGCAGGGUCCUCACAGUCCAGUUCGGUGUAUGUCUACAUAUAUAAUGGACCAUCGUAAUUCUGUUGUAAUUUCCGAACCGGUCAAUUGGAUGUCGCCUGUUCACAUUAUUCCCAAGAACCAACUGCCAGGUAUGCUGGGAUGCCCUGGUUAAUCGACCUCAGUCAAGGCCACUUUCAUUCCCAUGCUCAUGGUUCAUGGAGCUGGAGCUGCUUU